CAGAGGUGAUUGUGCCCCUGAGUAUGGAUGUUGGUGCGUUCACUUCAGGCCAGAUCAGAGCUCUGAAGAAGAUAGCCAGCAGCAGCCAACAGCAGCUUUUCUACUCGCUCUUUUACCGGGUUUAACCCUUCCAGUAUGUUUCUUCUGAUGAGACAUUUUCUAACGUCGAGAGUUUCAGUACAAUGUGGAAAUGGAUACUGACACAUGGUGCCUCAGCCUUUCCCCACCUGCCGCUGCUGCUGCUGCUUCUUGCUGCUCUUCUUGGGUGUCUUCUGUGUCUGGCACCUGCCACGACAUGGGCCAGGACAUGCUGUCAUCGGAGGCCACCACUCUUCUUCCUCUUCCUCCUCCUCUUCUCCCUCCUCCUCCUUCUCCUCUCCUUCCAGUGCGGGGAGACAUGUGCGGAGCUACAAUCACCUCCAAGGAGAUGUUCGCUGGAGGAAAGCUGGUCUCUUUCACCAAGUACUUUCUCAAGAUUGAGAAGAAUGGAAAGGUCAGCGGGACCAAGAAUGAGAAUUGGCCCAUACAGUAUCCUGGAGAUAACGUCAGUGGAAAUAGGAGUUGUAGCAGUCAAAGCCAUUAACAGCAACUAUUAUUUAGCCAUGAAUAAGAAAGGAAAACUCUAUGGUUCAAGAGAAUUCAACAACGAUUGCAAACUGAAGGAAAGGAUAGAGGAAAAUGGAUACAAUACCUAUGCAUCCUUUAACUGGCAGCACAAUGGCAGACAGAUGUAUGUGGCAUUGAACGGGAAAGGCGCUCCAAGAAGAGGACAGAAAACACGAAGGAAAAACACCUCUGCUCACUUUCUUCCUAUGGUAGUCCAUUCAUAGAUGAAGCAUUUCUUGAUACAAGUGGAAUCAGAAGUUCUCAUGGAGAAUAUCUGAUAAUCCUCAAGAAGAGUAGUCUUGAAAAGCAAAGACGUUACAGACCUCUGCUUGUUGGGAAGAGAAGUAGCCCUUGAAAGUUUUGUACUCACUGCUGGCAAAAGAAAUCAUUUACAUUAGUUCUGUGUCAUAUCUUAUAAUGAAGAUAUAGACUGGAUUGCAUGGGAUGGGUGUUCUUCCCAGAGUGAACAAUAUGGCUGUAUUUUGUUUUGUUUCUUAUUUCUGUGAUAGAACUUGGAGGUGAAUCAGAUGAAUGAUCUUCGGGAAAAGUUAUUUAUGGAAUACUAACUCAUAUCAAAGACUUUCAAUGCUCAUUCAAGCCUGAUGAUCCAAUGAGCAGUUAGACACGCAAGCAUUUACUGGAAGCACUUGGGUCAUAAUGCACAACCAAAGGAGUUUUUGGUGUGGCAACGUGGAAGAAUGGAUAGGAUUAAGAAAUAUAAACACAUUAGUGCAAAACUGUUCUAACAAAACGAAUAGUAUGGUAUGCUUGUGCAUUCUGCCUUCAUCCUUUCUAUUUCUUUCUAAGUUAUUUAUUUAAUAGGAUGUUAAAUAUCUUUUGGGGUUUGAAAUAUUUUCCUCAGCAGCUGCCUUCUGGUUUAUCUUUCAGCAUAUCACAUUCAUGUUCAUGAAGUAAUAGUUUUAAUAUUUGGCAAACCCUUGGAGAAUGGGAAAUGAAUGUGGCUGUCAGACCAAGCUGGGGGAGUAAACUUUGUCUCUAACCUGCUUUCCUUUGGCUGACAUUGCACUUAUGUAAUAAGCCCCAAUAAAGAGUGAAUCUGAGAAAGGCUGGGGGUAUAUGGUCAGUGUGAGGUAUCUGCCAGCCCUUGAAUACAUUGUUCCCAAUAUAAUAGAACUAUGUUGAAAUGAGCACAAAUGGCCAGAUUCUGUUAUUGGUAAAGCAUUCUUGACUCCUAUUGCAUCAGCUUGGAGAUCCCCAUCUAUGUAUUCAAAGAAAAAAGUUAGAUCUAAUUGUGAAAAAAAAACAUAAAAUUGCUCAGCCCACAUAUUUACUAGUGACUCAUUGACACAUGUCACAGCAAUUAACAAUGAAAAGUCUGUCUGGAUGUAUAAGAACCAUUUGUGACUCCAUCAGCAUCAAUCUCCCCUAAAGGAGCUUUUGAGACAUCUGUUUUAAAAUAUAACUCUUCCCAUGAAUUAGAUUGAAAAAAAUCUAUACUAGUAUAUGUGUAAUCAUAUACUGAAAUCUGUUCAAACUGUAUGAUCUAGUCUUUUUUUUUAAAUCUUCUUUUCUGUAAAUGUAAAGAGCUCUGGAAAGCUCCUUAAUAUAACCAUAUGGAAAUUCAUUUUGUUAGAGCAGGUAAAUAGAGAACAGUACAUCAGAGUGUACCAGUCUUCACAUUGUAUUCCACUAAAUAAAUACAUAAGCCUUCUUUGCAGUGUCUGUAGUGAGAAAAAAUGUAGUAUAAUAUUAUUUGUUCUAAAUACUUUAAGUGAUAACUGAGAUUAUAUUGAUGCUGCAGUUUUAUCUCCAUAUUUCUUGUUGUGAAAAAGUCUGUUUAUUUUUAUUGUUUGGAAACUGUAUUUUGGUACAAAGGAGAAACUCAGUAAAUGUGGCUUUUUACUAAACUUUAACCUCUAGAAAGGCUGAUGUUUUGUGAUCUUCUUAUAACUUAUUUGAGUCAAUGCUUAACCAGCACUUCCAGUGUUAAUCUGUUACUUAAAUAUUAGCUGUAUAAAGAAGCUUUCCCAUUAAAAAAUACUGAGUGGUCAGACUUUCCUCCUUUUUAAGUAAAGUUGGAUGUUUCAAAAAAGAAAUGCAUUGGAGGCACAUAGCAUUUUGGCUUAUAGAUAAAGUUGCAUUUCAUCAUAAUUAGGUUUCAACUUGCUUGUUGACAAAUGAGAUUUUGAAAAAAAUGCUUAUUCUUGAAUACCUAUGGUUGGAAUCCUGAUGUUAAAAGUUAACUAGGUAACAGAACUGCAAGCAAAAAAUGCAAUUCACCUCUAUCAGGGUCAGAUAUUCUUGGUUACAUAUUUUAAAAUAAUAAUUGGGUAUGGCAAGUCAACAUGGACCACCCAGAACCACAAUGCACCCCAUUUGCUUAGACAAAUACAGUAUUGGAUGACCAAUUCAACAGCAUCUAGGGCAUAAACUGGGUUCUCAUUUCAUGUAAUCGUUUAGAUUACUGAAGAGCCUACACAUAAACAUUCAUAAUUAUAGGAUUCAAAACACUAAAAUAGCUUCUAGCAAAAUGUAUCAGUGCUUGCAGAGGCCAAGAAUAGAAAAUAUCCAAAUAUUCUUCUUUCUUCACCCUCCCCCCACCCCCACCAAGUGAACAGAGAUAAAGACAGGAACUAUUUCCUGAGAAGUAAGAAAAAAAAUCUCCUGAUUUAAAAAUGGUGACUCUAUGUCAGACAGUACCCUGGCUCCCAUUGUGGCUGGACUGCUACUGAAGAUAAGGAGUGUCCAAUCUUGAGCACUUCAGGUUAACAACUUCCUGGAAGUUUGGGGAGCUCUACCUUUGUGGAAAAUGUGGACCUGGGAUGGGACAGUGCUUCAACCAUAAGCAUGAUUGUUGGUAACUGAGGGGAUGCCUCAUAAAGAUAAAAGAAUUGCUCCUCCUUCCUACCUCCCCCCAAAGCUGAACCAU